GAAUUAAUGAAAAUGCGAGUUUAGCGCUGAAAAGUCAUUAGGAAAACUCUCAUCACGCAUUUAGAUUUAGGUUAACGUAGUUUAUUAGUAAACCGACAUCAACAACAUGGAGAAAAAUGCUGAGCAGAACUUGCAGCAGGUCAAAGCUAAUGUACAACAAAAAUUCAAUGAGUUGCGGGCUGCACUGCAUAUGCGUGAAAAACUGUUGUUGCGGCAACUGGAGGCCAUUGCGAAUACACAGCAACAACAACAAAUGCUGAAAACAUCACGCAGCGAUGAACACAGCGGUCCAGGCACCAGCAGCUGGGAAGAAAGCGGCGAAGUGCGAUUUGUCACCAGCGAGGAGGAGGAAUUACUGUCAUCCAUUCGCAGCUUUGGGCGCUUUCAGCUAGACAAUAUUCAAUUGCAGGCACUGCAGGAUGUGUUUUUGCGUAACGAGGAUUAUAUUGCACCUGUCGAUGAUCAUGAUACUAUGUACAAAUGUCUGCAGGAUGGUAAAAUCGCCUACUACGAUCUCGACGAGGAAGAGCAACCAGAGGCCAUUGUGGUGGAUUUUUCACGUAACAAAUCACUAGUGGAGGAUAAUGCCAAACUGAUGAACAAGUCCAUCAUCAACAUUACACUACAGGAAGCCAAAGAAUUAAUUCGCAAAGCGAAAACUAAGCGAGAGACGCAUGUACCACCUCUAAAUCUUGAAGAGCUAAACGAUGAGUUGGAAUCAUCCAUAGCUGAUGCGGUCUCAAGCUUGGGCCGUAGUGGCGAUGCUUCGAAAAGCACGUGUGUCGAGCAGCCCAAUAGUAGCAAACCCAAAUCGCGAAAGCCACGCUUCAAACCUAAAAUCACCAUAAAUAAUUGCAAUGGAACUAUCAAUUUGCGCAACAUUGCCAGCUUGACUAUCAACUGUGCCAAUGAGGAAGCGGUUAGUGCUGAAAUUCCGCUCACCCAAUCGAAGCUGGAGCAAUCGGCUGACUCCAGCACUACUGAUCACUCCACGCCCACCACCACAGCCUCCAGUUCGAACUAUUCGAGCAAUGCAAGCUCACGUUCUCAGUCGAAGAAACAAAAGAGUAACAACAACAACAGCAGUAUUGGCAAAAAGGAUUACCAAAAGGGCGCAGUGGCCACUAGUUCCACAAGCGUUGAAAGCACUCCCACAAAUACACAGCCCACGUCAACAAAUUCCUAUUCCAAUCGUUACGAGGAAGACGUAGAGGUUAGUGAGACCGAAACUCAUGAUGUCACGUGCGAUUUUUAUAAUCGUUUGCUUAACGAAAUCAAGAAGAGCCUCAAGGAGAAGCCCAUACGUUCGUACGACAAUGCGCCGGUCGCAACCACAAACCUUACAACAACUAAUGCUAGUAAUAAGGCUACAACAAACAGUGUGCAAGCCGCUGCCGCAGAUUCCACCUGCGAUGCCAACUCCAACAGCAUGAGGAGAAGUAAUGACGGAAGUGCUCCACACACCAACAAGACCCACACCAAUGUAACCAACUCUACCCUGUCGUCGAACAUACAACCAGGGAAGCGUCUGGUGCUGAAGAACUUUGAGAAUCUGAAGAUCAUAUUGGAGGCCAACAGCGGCGAUGAGGAUACGUUUCAUCCGGUGCAAAUCGAGCAAUGGCUGGCCGAGAUCAUAUCUGAAACGGAUCUGGAGCCCAUGCAGAAUACUGACAUAUUGGAGCACAGCAAGAUAAACAAUAGCGAGACCAAUUGAAUAUAUGCGACUCAAAUCGAGCAUUAGUAGUAGCACCAAGUUCAAGUAUCUUACACAGUAUUCGCUACAUUCAUACAUGUACUUACACAUAACACAACAUAUUUUUUGAAGUUAGUUUAUACGAAGUAACGAAAUUCAUGAAUUCAGGUUUCGUUUCCUGAUAUCAACUUAAAGUAACUACUCCUGCCCCCACACAGAUGGUCCAAACUAGUUAUUUACAAUUUUAUAGCUAAGUCAGGACAUAUGUAUAUCCGAUAGAAUAUAUAAAAACUAAAAUCCUUGGCAAAAAGGCGCCCCAACUGUUCAUGAACUUCGUAUAAACGCAGUUAUAGAUUCCUUAAUAUAAGUUUUUGUUAAUCUUCUAUUCACACAUGCUAACGCACAUACACAUACAGUAUAUAUACUAUAUAUCGUAUAUAUUCAAAUUUGAAGCCUUGUCUUUGCGGUCCAAGUGCAUGCAUUUUAUUCCAACAUUUUAAUGGUUCGAUUUCCUUAAAAAGACAUUGCCCUUUCGUUGUGUGUAGUCCUUGUUUUAAGUACUUAAAUGCAUUUUAUUUUGUGAUUAUUUCAGUUCUCAAGACUUAUCCUUAGCUGAUUGGCAUAAGCAACUAAAUU